UUGCCACGGUGACGCGCUGACACCAGUCAAGGCCCGAGUAAUCCGUGAAAGAAGGAGGCAGCUAAUUCUUUGACAAUGGCGAAUGUGCUGGAUGCUCUGUGGGAAGAUAGGGAUGUCAGAUUUGAUAUCUCACCUCAGCAAAUGAAAACACGCCCAGGAGAAGUCCUAAUUGAUUGUCUAGAUUCCAUUGAAGAUACUAAAGGAAAUAAUGGUGACCGAGGCAGGCUGCUUGUGACUAAUCUGAGAAUCAUCUGGCAUUCUUUGGCUUUGCCAAGAGUCAACCUUUCUGUCGGCUACAACUGUAUAAUAAACAUCACCACGAGGACUGCUAAUUCAAAACUCCGAGGGCAGACUGAGGCGCUGUAUAUCCUGACCAAAUGCAACAACACAAGAUUUGAGUUCAUAUUCACCAAUGUGGUUCCUGGAAGUCCUCGGCUGUUCACUUCAGUUAUAGCAGUGCACAGAGCCUAUGAAACAUCAAAAAUGUACAGAGACCUAAAAUUAAGAGGCGCUCUGAUUCAGAACAAACAACUACGACUGCUUCCUCAGGAGCAAGUUUAUGAUAAAAUUAAUGGAGUGUGGAAUUUAUCCAGUGAUCAGGGCAAUUUGGGUACAUUUUUUAUUACAAAUGUACGCAUCGUCUGGCAUGCAAACAUGAACGACAGCUUUAAUGUCAGCAUACCCUAUCUUCAGAUUCGAUCAAUCAAAAUCCGGGAUUCCAAGUUUGGCCUCGCUCUAGUAAUUGAAAGUUCACAACAGAGUGGGGGCUAUGUACUUGGCUUCAAAAUAGACCCCGUUGAAAAGCUACAGGAUGCCGUGAAAGAAAUUAACUCCCUGCACAGAGUUUACUCGGCCAGCCCCAUUUUUGGAGUGGAUUAUGAAAUGGAAGAAAAGCCUCAACCACUUGAAGAGCUUACUGUGGAGCAAGCUCAGGACGAUGUGGAAAUUGAGCCGGAUGAGCAGACUGAUGCCUUUGUGGCUUAUUUCGCUGAUGGCAAUAAGCAACAAGAUCGUGAGCCCAUCUUCUGUGAAGAACUCGGCCUAGCAAUUGAAAAACUGAAAGAUGGCUUUACGCUUCAGGGACUUUGGGAAGUUGUGAGCUAAAAAUGUUGUCGGCUCGCUGCCGGUGUAGAAAUAAAAUGAUUGUGUCUAAAUGGAUACUAUAAUAGUAUAUUUUGUAUUAAAUUAUGAUUCCGACCAGUUUUGUAAUCUAAAUUGCUCUGUGAAUAGAGAGGAGUAAAAGGUGCUGUAAAAAAAAACAGAGGUUGUUUUACUGGAAUGUAAGAAAUAUAAAGGAGAUUUCAUUAUUUUACCUUGUACAUAGUGAAAUAGUUUCUGUAAAAAUUAGAAUUUUAUAUGAAGAAUAAACUGUCUGUGGAUCAGUUGA